AUGACAAAACCACUUACUGAAAUAAAACCCUCGUCCCCCAGCAUCACGCGCUCGACUACUACUAAAGCAACGUUCACUAAUCUCACCCCCGCAGACUCCAUAUUCCGCUCCACAGUGGAAAACACCUCCAUCACCAGGAGUCCCACAUCCGGAGCCCCAAGCAGCGCCAGCAUCAGCGUCAAACGCAGCAAACUCCAGUCCUGCACCCUAACCAACUCCUCCACCCGCCGCUGCACUCUCACCAACACAACCCUCCUCAACGUCCCCGCAGCCCGCUCGCUCGAUGCAACUGACUCGUCGCUCUCGAAUAUCCGCCGCCUGCGACGGAGCGAGAUCCGCGCCAGCGCGGUAAGCGAUAGUGCCGUCCGGCGGAGCACGGUUGUGGACUCCACCGUGAAGCAGUCCCUCCUCUGGCGGAGUAAGCUGAACCACGUGGACAUGUUCAAGAGCAGGGUGAAGAGGGCGGUGCUGACGGACUGCGAGGUGAGUGAGUGUGUGGUGAUCGGGACGGAGUUCAAGGGGAUGCGGUUAAGGUUUGGGGUUUGGAAGCAUGGGAGGUUGGUGGGGAGGGUUGGGGAGGGGGAGGUUGUUUUUGAGGAGAUGGAUGUAAGUCCCCUUUAUCUUUGGUCUGUGGGAGGAGAGGGGGGAGGGAGGGGGGGGGGGGGGGGGUUUGGGUGUUGGGUAUAUGCUUAUGCUGAUAUGCGGAAGCAGGGCAAGAAGGACAAGGCUGUUGCGGCUGCCGCCGAUGCAAAGGUGGAGAAGCUUGACUACAAGGUUCUACAGGAUGAGAGCGAGUCGGAGGAGGAGGAUGAGUCCACUGCAAGUGAUGAGGAGGCGGAGCGGCCGCCGCCCUAUGCGCCUUGA